AUGCCUAUGGAGAACACAAACAACGUGACGGAGUUCAUCCUCUACGGACUGACGCAGGACAGGACACUAGCUAAACUGUGCUUCUUGGUAUUUCUAGUCUUCUAUGCAGCUAUCAUUUUGGGAAACCUGCUCAUCAUCAUCACUAUAAGGACAAGUGAACAGCUGAACUCUCCCAUGUACUUCUUCCUGAGUUACUUGUCUUUUGUAGACAUCAGUUACUCUACUGUCUCAGCUCCCAAACUCAUUCAUGACCUUCUCAUAGAGAAGAAGACCAUCUCCUUCCUGGGCUGCAUAGCUCAGCUGUUCGGGACCCACUUCUUUGGGUGCACUGAGAUCUUCCUCCUCAUGGUAAUGGCCUAUGACCGCUGCAUUGCCAUCUGCAAACCUCUUCAUUACAGGAGCAUAGUGAGCAGACACGUCUGUGUCUGUCUGGUGGCAGCCUCAUGGCUGGGGGGCUUUGUGCACUCCUCAGUGCAGACCCUGCUGGUCCUCCAGCUGCCCUUUUGUGGGCCCAAUGGGAUUGACCACUAUUUCUGUGAUGUUCACCCCUUGCUGGAGCUGGCCUGCACUGACACCUACAUUAUUAGUGUCAGUGUGUUUGUCAGCAGUGGUGUGAUUUCCCUGGGUUGUUUUGUUGUCCUUGCAGUGUCCUAUGCUGUUAUCCUGGUUUCCUUGAGGACAUACUCUCCCAAAGGGCGGCUCAAAGCCCUCUACACAUGCAGUUCCCACAUCACCAUUGUGGUUCUGUUCUUUGGACCAUGCAUCUUCAUCUACAUGCGCCCUUCCACCACCUUCCCAGCAGACAAGGUGGUCUCUGUGUUCUACACCAUCAUCACACCUAUGCUCAACCCCUUCAUCUACACCCUCCGAAACCAAGAGGUGAAAACUGGUAUGAAAAAGCUGUGGAGCAGAACAGUGAAGAGUAGUGAGAAAUGA